CUAUGUGAGUUUGCCUGUCUUGGGUAGUUAAAAUAUGUAUUUUUGUAAGGAAUUAACUUUUCCAGUAACAUUGAGUCUGGCCCAAAGGCCAGUUCAGAACUCCUUUUGCAGCUGGGACACUUGUUUCGUUCACAUCUGUGUCUCCCCCAGUGUAUUUGGCUACAUGAAGCUCUGGAGCAUGUAUCUAUUCUGUGCAUUUUUAAAUUUAUCAGAAAUUCAACAUAAGGUUCAAAAAGUGCUGAUCGGAAAAAGUCUGCAUAGAGAUGUGUAUGGCAUACUGUUGCAUGUAUAUUUUACUUUUGUUAAAAAUUAGAUCAAACAAGUAUCUCUUCAAAUCCAUUUAUUUGCCUUCUACAGGUUUGAGAACACUUUAGCAUCUCCUUGUGUGCUUUUCUCUUUCUCCAGUUGGCAUUAGCAAGCACCAUGAGGUUUCGAAGUGGUUUUACCAUACCUUUUGAUGCCUCCGAAGAAGAAAUGUACCAAGACCAGAAAGGCAGAGCUGGUAUUCCUUGAGAGGCCGCGAGAGGGACCCGUCCAUUGCUAUGAAGCUCCGCUACAUUCGGCUGAGAAUCCAAGGCGUGUUCCUACAAAACCUGUAGACCAGAACACCUCUGCUGCCUGGGUGUGUCCACAGUUUGAAACAACUACAUCAGUGGCUUUGAAAGUAUGCCAGAAGAAGCAUCGUGGUCCUCACAAACCCCAGAAUCACGAUGCCAGCUACAGUUCACUUCAUAUAAGGGGAGCUUGUCGAAGAGCUACAGCCUGCAAAUUUCCUCCUUUAACUUUUGAGAAGACAGAAGGUGCAGUCCACCCCUCAGAUCAUCCAAAUCACUUGAGGAAACACAGGCAGCCCAAGGAAGGGACAGCAGCAAAAGCUAACAUCCAGGUGAACAGUCUGGUGAACUGUACAGAAAUACCCUUGUUACCCACUCCCCAGCCUGUGGAGCCAGAAGUCUGUAGUUCACCAGAUGUAGAGACUGCACAGGUGCCUUCCAUAAGUAACUGGAGGUGCAGCAGCACUCUGCCACAAAGUAGUAGCCAUGCCUGGCAUCCAGAUAAAGAGCUGGCAUUCGGUAUUGACUCCUGUGAGGAGGGGGAGUUGGAGUCAACACCAGUACUGGUUACAGAUACUCCUGAACAUGAGUAUGGAGUAAAGGUUACUUGGAGGCAGCGGCCUCUUAUAAUGAGGUAUCUGCAGGACAGGGGGAAGCUGAGCGCUGCUGACACACUGGUGAAGACGAACCUCGAGCUCUCAAGGAGACAGAACAACGUCUGAUUUGGCAGGAGCAGUAAACAUGUGCAAAACCA